UCCGAUCAGUCUCCCAAAUCCGUCGAGAAAAUCGAACUAUGGCCCGUCGCGGCGCCGUCAAGCGGCGGGCGUGGUCUGAUCUCCCGGCCGACCUCCUCGCCGCCAUCUACCUCAGGUGCUCCCCGCCGUACGACCGCGCGCGCUUCGCGGCCGUCUGCAGGUCAUGGCGAGCCGCCGCGUCGUGGCAACCGGCGCGGCCACCUCUCCCGCUGCUGUUCUCCUGGACCGGCGACCGCAAGCGUGACCGGAAUAUACGAGCGUACAAUCCCGUGGACGGCAGGGCCUUGCGCGUCCUGCUGCCCAAGAUCCUGAGGGGCAAGAAGUUCGUCGGAUCCUACGACGGCGGCUGGGUCGCCGCCACGUCGAGGCGCGAGCGCGACUCCCAACUUCUGAUCGUCAAUCUCUUUUCUAUGGUCCAGGUGGCACUCUCCGACAAUCAAAGGAGUAUCGUCUGUGCGUGCCCGGAUGCCUUCGAGGAGCCAGACAAUGCUCGCACCAGCCGGGCGCCGGUUGUGAAAGUCAUCUUCUCCGACGACCCUACCUCGAGCGGAUGCAUCCUCGCCGCCAUCACCAAGAGGUGCAAAAUAGCGCUUUGCAGGGUUGGCAGCAGUGGCGAAGCCACGUUAUGCCUGUGCUGUCGGUUGACAACACAGGAUUUUCGUAGGUCGUUGAACCCCAGACCCAUCUAUCAUCUACUAUCUAUUUGGGUAACAAGUGGUUGGGCCAUAUAGAAGUCCAAAAUCACUUACCUGAACGAACCGGAUCGGUUGAUCCCGAAAUCACGCGAUCUCCUUCAACUUCUCCAACAUUCUCUUGAAUGGCCGUGGACAACCGCCGCACUGCAAUGUCUUCCCGUCCGUCGCCUCGCCCGGAGCUAGCGAUCUCUGAUCUGGCCGUGAGACGUGAGGAACCGCGACCUCUGGCCGUCCGGCGAGCCGCGAGCAACCCACCCGCAGCCGCACAUGUAUUAUCUAUCGUGUUGAUCAAUACUCCUAUACUAGUCGGCACUCUGUAUCCGAUCCAACACCAGGGCAAGGCCUCCACUUUUCCAUUUUUAUUUGUAAGUUUUGUCUGCCAACACUGUGAUAUUCUUCCUUAUGUAUCACUUUUUUUCUGUAGCAAUAUUAGGGAGUAAGCUAUUGUUUUUAUUUAUAAAUAAGAAUUGCAUUCUUCAUAAUAAAAUAUAUCAAGUCUGAUCUGCAGAACUGAAUAGGCGACAAAUUUUUCUAUCAUUGUCUCAAUAGUAACUUAUUGAAACCGGUGUAUUCCACUAGUACCAUGCCAUCAUGUGUACAGAUCAAAAUAUGCAUGAUCACAAAGGACUGCUACCAUAAAUAUGUCCGCAAUAAAGUAUGGCGUUUUCUGUUCUUGUUUCAUUUCCUACAAAAAAUUUCAUUGGAAAAGCUUGACAUCACAAGGUUUUCAUCCUGGCACCGCCACUGGUUGGCAGUCCGGAAAACAUCUGGACGACACGAGGGUGUGGCCUAUACGCGGAGAGGGAGCUCGUGGACAUCGCCUUCUGCAACGGCCAACUUUUCGGGCUCAUGGUCGGUGGCUGUGAUCUGUACAAGUACCGCAUCGACCUCAACGAAGGCGCUCCGGUGAUCACCUUGGUUUAUCAAAUUCACCAAAUGCCCUUUGUACAUGUGCCUAGGUGGGACUAUUGCCCUAGAUACAUUUUUGAGCUGUGCGGCAAGCUAGCGGUGGUGUCAGAGGCCAAUUCGGCACUCAAAGGCUAUGAAUCUUGCUUUUUUAAGGUGUUUGAGCUCAUGAAUGAGGCUACACCGGGCAGAUAUACAUGGGCAGAGGUAACCACAUUGGGUGAGCAUGCCUUGUUCUUGGGGCCACAGUCCUAUAAGUUGGUGCACGUGCCGACGGCGGGCCGGCAUGGGAGGUUGGAGGAAAACCGCAUCUACUAUCAUAUGCGACAACAGGAGAACCUUGCUAGGCACAAGGAGUGCUUGACGAAGUUGGGCCUCGGCAGCUGCAGCGUCUAUCGGGAAAACCGAGGUAUGAAUCAAUGCAUGGAGACGAUCACCUCGGAGGGAUACCAUUUCAAAGACGAUAAUGGUAAUGGUUGCAUGUGGCUCCUGCCUUCGGAGUUAUGUUAG